AUGGCAAGCGAACAGGGCGCUGGCGGAGGUAUUGAGAGCAAUAGGAGGCAUCUGUCGACCUCGACCCGUGCUAGCACCGACAACGAGCCAACCCCAGAGACAGAAACCCAAACAGCAAACAUGAAGCCUGCUCAGCAGUCCGAGGAGGACUCACAGUUCACACAGGCGCCGCAGGGCCUACCGCGAGGAGUCUACCCCCCGUCAACCACCGCCACACCCACACCCACGGCAGGCCUCCCCAUGUCAAGGGCAGUCUCCAGCAGUUCUAGCAACUCGAGCAUACCGCCCUCAACGAGCGCCGAGGGUUACUUCGGAAAUGCACACACCACCAGGACGAGGCCAGCACUUCCUUUGGAACCCCCAGUCACCAAGGCAACUUUGAGCGAACUCGACGUGUCCAAGAUUAUUCACAAUCCCAAGCUGCGUCACGAUAUCAACUUUGAUCCCGAACUUCAUUUCAGACCCAACGUGGACGGAGACAAGGGCAGGAGGAAGGAGGUCAAGGCCGAGCAUUUUUGGGCUACCCUGCAAGAGCAACUGAUCAUGUUCGUCAUGGACCGUGAGGGAUUCUAUGCCAUCCAUGGCGAGAAUGACGACUGGUGCCUUCCCCAGCUUCUUCGAACCGUCAAGGACAUCAUCCAGACACUUGUGCCCGUCAGGGACCGAGUCUACUUGGACGAGGGCCUGAACGUGGAGCUCCUGAUGCAGCAGUUUAACAAGGGCAUUGCCGAUCUCGAGAAGCUGGCAUCCUGGCUCUCUCGUGUGCUCAAGUCUCACUGCGCUCCCAUGCGCGACGAGUGGGUCGACAGGAUGUACGAGAAGCUCAGCAACGGCAAUCGAAACAACGACAUGGGUGAGCUGGUUCUGGGUAUGCGUGGACUUCUUGAGGUACUCGAGGCGAUGAAGCUGGAUGUCGCCAACCACCAGAUCCGAUGCCUGCGUCCUGUUCUGAUCGAAGACACGGUUCACUUUGAGCAGCGCUUCUUCUUCAAGAGAAUUCAGCAACGCCGGGUCGAUGUCGGCCCCGCGAGGGAGUGGUAUCGUGAUGCCGAACGUCGUUAUGCCGGCACCAUUUCCCCAGCGGCAACUCAGUCGUUUGGCGAGACGGCCAUCUUCUUCGAGGCUCUGUGCCGCCUGAUUCGUCCUUCGGUCUACGAAAAGGAAGCCCCCAACACAUUCGUCUUCGACGAGGAGCGGUUUUUGAAAUUGCGAUCGGACAUGCUGGACGCCGUCAAUCUCGAGGUGUGCAUGCGUCUCUACGACGAACUGGAGAGGGUCAGCCGCACUGUCAACUCCCUGUCCAACGGAUUCCCGUCCCAUCUGGAGGAGGAGCCCGUCAUCUCGAGGACAUCGAGCCCUUUCGACUUCAACUUCAACACGCCUCCGGUGUCUGGAUCACGGCCUUCAAGCCUGGCCUUCAGCUCGGCUGAUUCAGUCACGUCGUCUCCUCGCUCGUCUCUCGUGCUCCCCAGCCAAGCCAUCCCCACCUCCGACCCAAACGAGUCCCAGGCCAAGGCUCGCAAGCUCUACAACUCGCUCGUCGCCCUCAUUCAAACAUCGCCACCAACCUCCCGCCACGAGUCUCGAUGGGCCUCGAUGGCUCCGUCCCUGGCCAUUCAGAUCUUUCGGUUCACCAAUGCCCCUUCAGAUAUGCUGCCCGCGUUCGAGGCUAAGCUUCUCGCACACGUCACGGAUGUCCAUGGCUCCCUUUUCCGCGAAGUAGAGGAUCACUUCAACGCUCGUCUCUUGACCGAUCUCCAACGACGCAUGCGUGAGUACCGAGGUCUCAAUGGCGUCGCUCUGUUCUCUGUCGCUACAGGCGGCCGAGGCCCUAGCUCCAGCCGCGCAUGGGAUGCCAGCUCCGCAGAUGGAUCCGGACGCGACGACGCUGGUGUUGAGGAUAUGGCCACCAGACUUGCGCACCUUGGCAUACUACACUGGCGCGUGUGGGCACAGUUAGCGUAUGCUGGUGAGGCCACGGGCGACUUCGAGUGCGACAUGCAGUCGAACCAGAUCUAA